GUUGAAUCUCAGUCCAGAGGCUAGGAACCUCGCGGAGUCAAUCUUCGAGUUGUUCGCAGUACUUGCAGAAGCGGUCAUCUUUGUUUUCCUCGGGCUGGCCCCUUUCUCUUUCGACAAGUCUCUGUCACGCACAUCUAUUCCGACGUACUUGAUAGCAGCUCUGGCUACCUUCGGCGCUCGAAUACUAUCGGUGAACACAACGGUUUCGAUGGCAAACCUCUGCCGCACUCGGAGUAAACUGCCGGCCUCAUAUACGUCUGUUUUGUCGUUCUGUGGUCUGCGAGGGGCGAUGGCACUGGCCUUGGCAAUUCGAGCGAGGCGUGAUUUCCCCUUGCAUGGUCAUGAAAUCCUCUCGGUAUCGUUAGUAAUAGCACUGUUUACAGUGAUGGUGUUGGGCUGUUCGGCGAGCUAUGUUCUAGAUUGGCUGCUGGGGUCCGAGAUGGCGGCUUGUGAGAUAGCGUCGGAAAACAGCAGUAUGACCACAGGAUACUGUGGAGGCAUGAAGAGGCUGGUCAUGGCGUUGAAUCGCGGU